AUGUCGGGUGUUCAGGGAUUAGUUUAUUAAAAAAGCUAUAAAUAGAAGUGUCGCACAUAAACACAGUGGAAAGUUUUAUCUAAGCAUUUAGUUCAGCAAGUUCAAUCCCGCUUCACAAAACAUCAACAUGUCGAAACUCAUCCGUUGGGGAAUUGCUUCUGCCGGCAAGAUCAGCGAGGACUUUGUCAUCGCUCUAAGCACCCUGCCCUCCAGCGACCACAAGGUCCAGGCUAUUGCCGCCCGAUCCCUGGAUCGCGCUCAGGAGUUCGCCACCAAGCACUCCAUUCCCAAGGCCCUCGGAAGUUACGAGGAGCUGGCUAAGAGCAGCGAUGUCGAUGUGGUCUAUAUUGGUACCCUGAAUCCUCAGCACUACGAGGUGGCUGUGCUGAUGCUGAACAAUGGCAAGCACGUACUCUGCGAGAAGCCGUUGGCCAUGAACAAAAAGCAGGUGGAGGGCAUCCUGGCUGCUGCCAAGAACAACAAGCGCUUUUUCAUGGAGGCCGUCUGGUCACGAUUCUUCCCCUCAUACCAGCGCGUCAAGGAGCUUAUCUCCAACGGUCAGCUUGGCCAAAUUAAGGAUGUGGAGGUCAACUUUGGUUUCCCAUUGGAGCAUGUUGAUCGCUUGCAGAAACGCGAAUUGGGUGGCGGAGUAGUCUACGAUCUGGGCAUCUACACCAUCCAGGUCUCUCAGUGGGCCUUCCAGGAGAAACCAGAAAAGAUCGAGUCUAAGGGAUCCCUUAACGCCGAGGGCAUUGACGAUGACGUCAGUGCCACUUUGACCUACAGCGGUGGACGCACUGCUCGUAUGCGCUUCUCCUCAAAGGUGAAACUUUCCAACACCGCCGUGAUCAAGGGCACCAAAGGACAAGUUACCCUUAUUGACUUCUGGACGGCCAACAAGAUGAUCGACAUCGAUGGUCAGGAGAAGGAAUGGCUGCCCCCUAAGGGCAAGUACCAGACCAAUUAUGCCAACUCCGAGGCCAUGAGGUACGAGGCAGAGGCAGUGCGUCAGUCCGUCAUCGCUGGCGAUGUGGAGAACAAGAACGUGACCUACGCCGAUAGUUUGCUCUUCGCCGAGAUCGAGGACACCAUCCGCAAGCAGAUCGGUGUGCUGAAUAAGUUCGACGAGGAGUAAAAGUAGAUUUUAAAAUUAAACUUUUAAACAUAACAUAAAGUAAUAAACAUAAUUUUGUAAAAAAAAAACAUUUUAUAACUUUUUCUAACUAUUUUUGAAAGCAACAUAUUCUUGAUGUUAUUUUAAUCAAAUAUAGAAAAGUUUAAAAAAAUAA